UGUUUGUGCAAGUGAUGGAGACUCGCAAGAAGAAACUAGGAGCGGACCAUCCUUCCACGCUGACCAGCAUGGCUAAUCUUGCUUGGACAUGGAAACGCUUUGGGAGAAGUGCUGAAGCUAUAGGCUUGCUGCAGGAGUGCGUUCAUCUUCGCUGUCAGACUCUUCGAGCAGGGCAUCCUGAUCUAGUAUCUUCUCAGGAAACCUUAGCUGAAUGGGAAGCAGAGCAAGCAGGUAGAAAUCUUGCGACGAGUUAAUUUUCUACUGGCUGUAGAAGUAGACAUACUUGAUCGACACCUUGAAACGUAAAUCACCCUAAUUCCACUAAAUUGGAGGAUCCAGUCUGACUAUUUGUAGAAUCCUUUUCGGCAUGGCGGGUUUUUCGUUACGCAGGGACGGAUGUUAGUCAGCGCUGCCGACUAUCUCACUUAAUCUCCCUAACAAGGGACGCCACAGCGUGUGCCACACCUGAGCGCCACACAUUGG